CUACCGCAUUCGCACCAUUUCGAGUAACCUGCGCAGUACAUGUGAUGAUUGUCAAAGCAUUUACUUUAUUAAUUCUCGUGUCGUACGCAAUUGGUGAAUUGUGUGUGAACUACGAUUUCGAACAAGGUUUCAAUGAAUUGUUUAGUGACAAUGGCGUGUGCCAUAGUCUCCCGCUCUGGUUUAUCGGUAAAUACGAAGAUUUAAAUAUGAUUGGAGAGAAUGGGAGCACAACUUUCAUUAAACCUAGUUCUCAAUCGUCUGCAAGUUGUGCGUCGUCAUUCGUUUUUUCAAUGAAAUCGGGCGGUGCUAUCGAAGUGGACAUUUACAUGGAACGGUCUGAUGUCAAUGAUCAGAUUCAGGUCUUCGUCAGUCAAGUUGUGGCUGGUGGUGGCUCCUUUGUGAAAGCGAAAGCUGAGAGUGGAGUUUCGGGAUACUCCGCAAAUGGCACUCAAACAUUGAAGAUCACCUUAAAUGGUACAGACAAUUAUGAAGGAUUUAUAUCCAUAGUGGGGAAAGCAGCUCCAGAAUCAGUGGUACUAGUAGACGCUUUCCGAUACACACCACCGAACGUAGACGCCACAUACUGUCAAGAUCCAAAGAACGUUUUAAAUCCCUUCAGCAAUGUGAACACAGCUAAAAGGACCACAGUCUCUAUAAAUGCGACAACUGCAAUUAAUGAAACGACCACGUAUAAUGCAACUUCCUCAAGUUAUAACACUACUAGUCCAAUCUAUAGUACUACACUACCUACAGUUACGUCAUUGGAGACAAGAAAAAAACCUGGUGGCAGUGGCCGACCUCCCAGACCUCCCCGUCCCCGACCUCCUGUUUCCGGAAACUCUACGUACAAUUCAAGUUCAAUGAACUUAGCUUCAAUAAUAACCAUUAUUUUAUCUCUCACUGUACUACUAUAUUAG